UGCUGGCAAGUGAAUGGAAGUGCCCGACUUAUCCUCACUGCUGUCAUCAAGGCAGACAGUAUUUUUAGGGGACAGCAGCAGCUGCAAAAGCAUUUAACAGUAUUCCACGAACAAUGACACUUGGGGUGUCUGAGAUCUGAGCAGCACAGAAAUUGGGGGGUCACUCUGAAGUUGUCCGAGGAGAGGUCAGUGUGGAUCACUUGCUUUUUGUUUAUUCCGACUCCCUUCUGGACAAAAAAGAUCUGCCGGGAUGGAUCAGAGUGGAACUACGGGCCUUUGAGGAUAGCAUGCGUCUGAAUGCGAAGUCAACUUGGGACACUACUCAAUCUUCAGGAAACGGGUGCCGCCGCUUCUUAACUCGGACUGCGAUUGCAAGCGCGGAAUGUAUGUUGAUGAUCCUUCCUGGCGACUGAAGCGAGGAAAUUGCUGUGCCGAGGUCCUGCCCCUGUGAAUACCCACUGUUACUACUUUGGACUACUUGAGGUGAAGAGAAGCUGUCCAAGAAGCAGAAAUGGAUGUAUUUGGUGGAGCUCCUCGUUUCUUGGCUUACCCAAGGCCUGUUGUGUUCCAAAGUGGGACAGACGCAGUCUUAAAGUGUCAAAUCAGCGGCGAUCCGAGGCCAGCUGUUAUCUGGGAGCGAAACAAUGAAAAGGUCAACCCCCAAGGAAGGUACAGGGUCUUUGAGGAUGGCAAUGUUUACAACCUCAUCAUUUCAGCCGUUACUGUUGAGGAUAGCGGCCAAUACAUAUGCAAAGCAAAGAACAGCAUUGGAGAAACAUAUGCAGCCGCCACACUGAAGGUAGAAGGCGAUGCGCAGGAAAUGGAACUCAGAGAGGAAAACAAGCCACGUUUCCUCAUCAAGCCCCUGUCCACUCGUGUCGGCCGAGGGGAAGACGCCGUCUUCUCCUGUAAGCUUUGGGGGAGCCCGAGACCAGAGGUUGUCUGGGAAAAGGAUGGGAGAAAGCUCAACGAGAUAUUCGAGAGCACACACUUCAAUGUCGGUUACCAGGAUGGCGGAUGGUUCCAGCUUAAAAUAUUUAAGACUCGUGCUCCGGACGGGGGCGUGUACACAUGUAAGGCAAGAAACGAGUUUGGGGAAGCUCUGGCCGGAGCCGUGUUGCUCGUUGAUGCAGGUCCGGGACACGAAGAAGAAGGAAACCGAAACGGAUAUACAAACGGUCACUGGAAAGGCCAUCAGGGAAAACAAAGGGGCGGUAGACAAGUACCAAACCGACUAAAAGAGGACACCACGACCAAGACGGCAAAAGUCAAAAUGUUUGCAGUAACUGAAGGCAAACACGCCAAAUUCCGCUGCUUUGUGACCGGCAAACCCAAGCCGGAAAUAAUCUGGAGGAAAGAUGGCAGGCUUAUACUGUCUGGAAGGCGUUACUUGUUGUAUGAGGACCGAGAGGGAUACUUCACACUCAAAGUUCUGUACUGCAAGCAAAAGGACAAUGGGGUUUACGUCUGUGCUGCAUCUAAUACCGCAGGGCAGACUCUCAGCGCUGUACACCUCUCCGUUAAGGAGCCGCCAGUGCGGUUCAAGCAGCCUCUUAUUGAUCUAGAAGUAUGGGAACGAGAUCUAGCUGUUCUUGAGUGUGAAGUUCCAGAAGACUCUGUUCCCAUCACUUGGUAUCUGGAGGACAGACGACUGCAGCCAGGGGCCAAAUAUGGAAUGGAGGAGUGGGGAACAAAGAGACGACUCACUAUCCGGGACAUUGAUGUCGAUGAUGAUGGGAUUUACCUCUGUGAAAUGCCGGAUGGAGGUAGAAGCAUAGCAGAGGUAGCUGUAAAAGGCACAAUUCUGAGGAAGCUUCCGAGGAAAGUGGAUGUCUUGGAAGGGGAAAAUGCUGCCUUUUGUGUUGAAGUGGAAAAAGAGGAGAUGGACAUACACUGGUACAAGGACGGUACAGAGCUGCGUGAGACCCAUCAGACCAUCCUGAAGUCCUUUGGUCGAACUCACAUCCUCGUUUUCGUCAAUACAAUGCCUGAAGACUCUGGCCUUGUGACGUUUCUUGUGGGGAGAUCCAAGACCUCUUCACAGUUGAGAGUUAAAGCGGCCAGACAUUGUCCCCCUAGUUGUCCAGUGGGGGUCCAGAUUAACACAGAGCGCGCUAAUGCCGCUCUCCUAUCCUGGGUUCCUGCUCCAGACUCCAGAAAGAACCCUCCAUCCGGAUAUGUGCUUGAACGACAAGAAGUAGGAACUGGUUCCCAAGAGUGGUUACAGUGUCUGACUACUGACUCUGCAACCUCUGUGGAGAUCCUGGGUGACAGCGUUCCGUGUGAAGCCGAUUAUCGUUUUCGCAUUUGCAGCGUAAACAAAUAUGGGAAAAGCAACAAUGUUGAGUUCCCCCGAACUGUUCACCUAGUUCCUGUGGCCAGAAUACAAGCUCCUUUACAGGAUGCACUGGUGCCGGAGGGGCAAGAUGCUCUCUUUUCCAUCGAACUUUCUGCUUCAGUUAUCGGGACAUGGUUUCUAAAUGGGACUCAGCUACAAGAGGAUGAUCGAUAUUCCAUGCGUCGAUCAAGAACGCACCAAUCUCUUCGCAUUCGCGGCGUGCGUGAUACAGACAACGGAGCUGAGAUUACAUUUAUUGCGUAUGGCAUUCGGGAUUCUGCAGCAAUGUACAUUCAAGCACCACUGGUCAAGUUUUCACCCCUGUCUGAAAUGGAUCGAAACAAAUUUGUUGAGAUGGGGAACCCCAUUGUGCUCUAUUGUGAGCUGUCUGACCCAGCGGCUCCAGUACACUGGUACAAGAAUGGAAUGGAACUACAUACGAUAGAGGGGCUUCAUAUCCAAUCAGAGGGCACCAUGAGACGAAUUGUCAUCCAGUCAGCUGAGUUCUCACAUUCUGGAGUGUACUGCUGCGAUGCCAUUGAUGAUGUUAUCCGGUUCAAUGUGGAAGUAGAGGCAAUUCCAGAUGCUGAGAGGAACAAAACCAUCCUAACAGGCUGCCCAAUUGUAUUACAAUGCGAGCUCUCAGAUCCUUCUGCCCAAGUCCACUGGUACAAAGACGGUUCAAAGCUCCAUCCUCAAGGUCAAGUAGAUAUUAUAACUAAUGGCUUGGUGAGGAAACUGAUUGUCCAUUCAGCAGAAAUUGCCCACUCUGGCUUGUACUGCUGCAAGACAAAGGGUGACACCAUCACAUUCAGUGUGGACGUCAAAGCUUCGCCAAUGAAGUUCUCAGCUAUUCCUGAAGACAUGAGGACCAAAUCGAUCGAAGUCGGCUGCCCUAUAGUGCUCCAAUGUGUGGUGUCGGACCCUGAGGCCCAAGUUUGCUGGUACAAGGAUGAAACACAGCUCAUAUCCAACUCUGGAACAGAAAUCCACUCAGUGGACAACACAAGGACAUUAGUUAUUCAGUCUGCGGAAGUGUGCCACUCUGGUCUGUACAGAUGCACCACACAAGAUGAUACUGUGCAGUUUCAAGUGGAUAUCAAAGCAAGGCAGUGUCACUUUGGUGACGAGAUUGGUGUGGUAGCUGAUGCAUCCGCCCAAUACACUGUGGAUGUCCAAGCUCCUCCUCUGACAUUUGCAGCUUUGUCUGAGGCUGAGCAGAAAAUGACAGUGAUAGCUGGCUCUCCCAUAGCUCUGCAGUGUGAGCUGUCAGACCCCAAUGGACAAGUCAAUUGGUACAAGGAUGGAACAAAGCUUCUGUCUCACAGUGGAGUAGACAUCCAGUCACAGGGGAAUUUGAGGAGUCUAGUAGUCCCAUCAGCUGAGCGGGUUCACACUGGAGUGUACCGCUGUGAGUCAAAGGAUGAUGACAUCCAGUUCUCUGUGGAAGUAAAAGCACCACCCGUGAAGUUCUCAGAGCUACAAGAGGAGGACAGGAACAAGUCCAUCCAAGAAGGCAAUGCUCUUGUCCUCAGCUGUGAACUGUCUCACGAUCCUUCUACUCACGUCGACUGGUUAAAGGAUGGGAGGGAACUCCUGCCUCAAAGCAAUAUGGAAAUACUGUCAGAUGGUCUGACAAGGUCCUUACUCAUCCCCUCAGCUGAAAAGAUACACGCCGGUGUCUAUGAAUGUUCAAUAUCAGAUGACAAAGUCAGCUUUAAGGUGGACAUAAAAGGCCGAUCAGCCAUCACAUCAAUCCCUCUAUCAGAAAAAAACAAGAUGAUUAGAAAAGGUUGUCCGAUUAUUCUCCAGUGUGAGGUCUCUGAUCCCACUGCACAGGUCACCUGGCUUAAAGAUUCGGUGGAGCUUUUUAGCAAAACAGGCCUCGAUAUGAAACGAGAUGGCAGCCUCAGAAAGUUAAUGAUUCACUCAGCUAAGGUCUCUGACUCUGGCCUCUACAGCUGUUGCUUCCUUGAUGAUGUUGUAACAUUCCAGGUGGAUGUCGAAGCUACUCCAGUGAAGUUUUCAGCACUACCAGAGGUUGCAAGAAACAAAAUGGUUGAAGUAGGCUUCCCUAUUGAGCUGCAGUGUGAAGUCUCAGAGCAAGAGGCCCAAGUCUACUGGCAAAAAGAUGGAGAACAGCUACCUUCGACGAGCGAAUAUGAGCUCCAAACAGAGGAGAAACUGAGAGCGCUGGUUAUUAAAUCAGCAGAAGUCAGGCACUCGGGGGUGUACAGCUGUGAGGCUGCAGAUGACCAUGUAGAAUUCAAGGUGGAUGUUGCAGCUGUUCCAGAGGCUGAGAGGAACAAGUUUCUUGAAGCAGACAGCCUGAUCAAACUGCAGUGUGAGUUCUCAGACCCAGCCAUCCAGUCCUGCUGGCAAGGAGAGGGAGUAGAAUUAUUGCCAGAAGCAAGAACAAAGAUUGAAUCAGAGUGCAGUCAGGGGACUUUGGUCAUGAAGUCGGCCACGUCUUCAAACUCUGGGGUGUGGGAUUGUAAAGCUGAUGUUGACUCAGAUUCCAACGAUUUCUGUGUGGCGGUGAAAGCGCCACCGGUAACGUUUGCUGAUGUCCCUGAGAAGGAGCUUUUUCAGAGCGUUGUGGAGAACGAACAGCUCGUGUUGUCAUGUGAGGUAUCAAGGGCUGACGGCAUUGUCCAGUGGCACAAAGAUGGAACUGAAAUACAACCAAACAGUAAUGUCACAAUGCAAGCCAAGGACACCAAGAGAAAUCUAACUAUACAUUCGGCCCAGCUGUCUGACACAGGCACAUACAUGUGCCGUGCGGGAGACAACAUUUUGAUCUUCAAGGUUCACGUAAGAGAACCUCCUGUGAGGAUUGUCUAUCCAAAGGAGGAUGUCCAUCUUGACCGUCACGUCCCCGAGGAAAUCAUCUUGAGCUGUGAACUAUCUCGUCCCAAUGGUGUCGUGAGCUGGUUUAAAGAUGGCCAAAAGCUCCAGGAGAGUGAGAACAUCAAGCUGAAAGUAGAAGGUCCUUAUCGACGGCUCAAGAUUCUCUCUAGCGGAGUAGAAGAUUCUGGAGAAUACGUCUGUGAUACAGCUGAUGACUCAAUAUUCUUCCACCUUAGUAUUACAGAAUCUCCAGUGCAAAUCAUAUCCCCAAGUCAGUCGCAAAUGGAGCUAUGUCAGCAAACCUCUGAGAGGAUGGUACUGAGCUGUGAGAUCUCGCGACCCAACGCAGUGGUACGGUGGUAUCGAGACGGACUUGAGGUUGAGGAGAAUGACAACCUUAUUCUGGAGGUCGACGGUGUCUACCGAAGACUCAUUAUUCCUAAAACUACCAUUAAAGACUCAGCAGAAUACGUAUGUGCCACAGCAGAUGAUUCCAAGACGUUUUUUGUGAACAUUGCAGAACCUCCUGUUCGCUUCAUACGUCCCCGAAAGAUGGCGAGCAGAGUAGAAAAAGUGGCCGGGGAGACUCUGGUUCUGGACUGCGAGGUUUCAAGACCUAAUGCUGAAGUCACCUGGAAGAAGAAUGGGGAGGAAGUGGGGGACUGUAGAAGUAUCACUAUCCUUGAAGAGGGCGUCGUGCGUCAACUGACCAUUCACUCUCUAACAGUGGAGGACACCGGGCAUUAUGUCUGUGAUGCCAAAGACGAUGUAAUGGAUUUCAGUGUGAAAGUGCAAGAAUUGCCAGUAAAAAUUCUUGGAAAAACAGAUGCGAAAACAGAGAAACAGUUCUUAGUCUCAGAUGAUAUCAUUCUGGUGUGUGAACUCUCAAAAGCCAACGCCUCGGUCAGCUGGUACAAAGAUAAUCGGCUGAUUGACGAUACUGAGCGGUACUGUUGUGAAGAGCAAGGGGUUUUUCGAUCGCUGGUUGUCCUAAACGCUGGCCUCGAAGACUCGGGGGAGUAUGCCUGUGAUGCUGUGGACGAUAAGAUGAUCUUUAAUAUCACUGUCAAAGAACCUCCCGUUCAGAUCAUUGGAAAUUCAGGCAAUCCGGAGCAUCACAUCCUGGUGGCGGGAGACGACCUGAUAUUGGAGUGUGAGGUGUCACGUCCGAAUGCAGCCGUUAAGUGGCUCUGGAAUGGAGAGCCCCUGGAAUCAAGCACUAGAGUAAAAAUUCACAGCAACGACGUUGUGAGGAAGCUUAUCCUGUCCGGACUUCAGCCUUCAGACUCAGGAGAAUACACCUGCGACGCCAUUGACGACAAGAUGGUAACAAUAGUGGAAGUGCAAGAGCCACCGGCGAAAUUCGUGAAUAAAACCGCAAGGAAUAACAUCUCGGCCUUUGAAAACGAGAGCGUCACACUCUGUGCCAUUGUGAGCCGCGAGAGGGCUAAUGUCCGGUGGCUGAAAGACGGCCAGCUGUUGAAUAAGGACAACAUUCAUAUUUCCAGUGAGGAUAAUACUCACAAGCUCACCAUUAAUCCCCUGCAGCUGUCCGAUUCGGGAGAAUAUGUCUGUGACAUUAGCACUGAUGAAAUGUAUUUUAGUCUUCUAGUCAAAGAGAUGAAAGUGAAAUUUAUUAGACGACUAGAGAAUAUGGUGUCUCCGAAGGGUAAGAGCUUGACGUUACACUGUGAGGUCAACAAGCCCAAAGGUGAUGUCCAGUGGCUAAAAGACGGCAAAGAGAUCUCUCUAAGUCGCCGUUACACGAUUCGGGCGCAAGGCAGAGAGCGAAGUUUUACCGUCCACCAGCUAAUGGAGGAAGACGCCGGAGAAUAUUCCUUUCCUCGUGUUGUUGAGUUUGUUGCCGAGCUUCGUAAUAUCACCAUCUGCGAAGGGGAGGACGCGGUAUUUAAGUGUAUGGUGUCACCAGCGGACACCAAGUUGGUUUGGCGCUUAGAUGGCAGGCCGGUGGCUCUGAAUGAGCGUGCAGUCAUUUUAAGCAACGGGCUAUGCCACACACUCUGCAUCAACAACUGCCUGGUUUCAGAUAGCUGCAGAGUGACAGCAGAUGCAGAGGGGACGCUAUCAGAGGCAGAGCUCCAGGUUCAAGAGCAACAGGUGUUAUUCACCAAGAAAAUGAAGCCGGUUGUAGCAGAAGAGUACAGCGAGGCGACUCUAGAGGUGGAAGUGAGCGUGGAUUCGGGAGAGGUGCAGUGGAUGAGACAGGGAGUGCUGAUCCACCCCGGCGCCAAAUAUACCCUGAAACACAAGGGUCUGAAACACAGUCUGACCAUCCACACUCUGGCCGUGUCUGACCGGGGCACCUACAGCUGCGAGACCCUGCACGACCGCACGCAGGCCCCGCUCACGGUGGAGCCUCGAAAAAUCACAAUCAAAAGGGGCCUGGUCGACCUUAAAACCAUUGAGAGAGAAACCGCUUCUUUCGAGGUGGAGCUCUCCCAUCCCAACGUCCCGGGCACCUGGAUCCGAAAUGGAAUUCAGCUUAAGCCGACAAAUCACUUCCGUAUGAGUGCCAAAGGACAGGUCCACAGCCUCACUGUUUCUAACCUUUCAGUGGAAGACACUGGCACCUUUGUGUUUUCUGUAGAGAAUCAGAAGACGUCUGCAAGGCUAGUCGUGAAGGAGCCUCCAGUGACCGUUUUCAGGAAACUGGAGGAUCAAAAAUUCCCCGAUGGCUCAGUGAUCUCUAUUGAGUGUGAACUGUCCAGACAUAACGUCGAUGUGAAAUGGAUGAAAGACGGGGCCGAGGUGAAGCCCAGCAAAGACUUGCGCAUUUAUGCAAUGGGGAGGAAAAGGUUCCUUCAGAUCAUGAAAUGCCACGUCUCUGAUUCUGGCCUGUACACCUGCGAUGCCGGAGAGGUUUCCACGUCCUGCACGGUGGAGGUUUAUGAGCGCGAGCUGCUGGUGCUUCAAGGCCUGGAAGACCUGGAAAUCCAGGAAGACCAGAAUGCUGUUUUUGUUUGCGAGAUCUCUGUGGAGGACGUGACAGGGGAAUGGUACAAAAACGGGGAGCGGAUACAGCCCACGAGCACCAUCAAAAUCCGCCAGGAAGGGACAAAACAUUUUCUUCUCAUGUGCAAUGUGCGACCAGAGGACUCUGGGGAGAUCAAGUUUGUUGCCAGACACGUUGAAUCUGUUGCUUACCUGGAGGUGGAAGAGCUUCCUGUCAACAUUGUAAAGCCUCUGCAGGAUAAAACCGUCCUUGAGAAGAGCCGUGUGAUCCUGGAUUGCACAGUAUCUAACCCACGAUGUAGUAUCCGCUGGUUCAAGGGAAGCAAUGUCAUCCUGCCCUCCGAGCGCUUCGAGAUAAGCAGUGAAGGCUGCUAUCGCAAACUGAUCAUCCAGCAGGUAGCGCUGGAAGAUGAAGGCACGUACAGUGUGCAGGUCGGGGACUUCACAUGUUCCUCGAAACUGACAGUGGAGGCCCAGUCUUUGCUGAUGGUUCGAGAUCUGAGAGACGUGGAGGUCCUGGCCCCCGACGAGGCCUGCUUUGAAUGCGAGGUCUCCGUCCCCGUCCUGAAAUCCCCCGUGUGGAGCCUCAACGGGGACCCCCUGCAGCCCAGCUCUCGGGUGCGGCUGGAGAGGAUGGGCACGGUCCACAGGCUGACCCUCCGGCAGACCUCCCCGGACAUGAGCGGGGUGGUGAUCCAUGACAGAACUCCUUUAUCUACCCCACAUCCACCGUACAUGAAAUGAUUGACGCUUUGAUGCUUUCAAGUUGUGGCAUUGCUCAUGUUUUUAUACACUAUCUAUGAAAAGUUGCCAUAAAAUGGGUUGUAACAGAUUUUCUUGCAGUGUCUAUAACUGUGCAAAAGUAUUGAGGUGCACCUCGUUUCUUUAUUUAUAUAUAUAUAUAGCUUUCCAAAGAGCCAAACUUACUUGUUAUCUUUUAAAGUGUUCUUGAGCAAUAGCUGCUCAGUGUUCUCCUCUUAUACCAGCCUGCUUUUUCAAUUAUAUAGUUUGCAAAGCCACUUAAAACUGACAUGUGGAUCUUUUAUCCACAAACAUGGCAUCAAGCGGAAAAGAUCGUCGGCACAUAGCUGCUCUGGACCCUUUUGCACACAGAAGUCUGUCCCAAAGACAAAUGAUAAAUUACCCUUUCCUUUAUUGGCUCUACAAAAAGAAAAAAAUAGUAAAGCGAUUAGCAUAAAAAAGAGCUUUUGCCGAAACGCAGUGACUCCCAAAAAUGCUGUUCG